CUUUCAUCGAUCCAGCAACGAGUAUUAAAUAAAAUGUGAUAAAUUGGCAAAUCAUGACUUUAGUGUUGAAUGUGAAGCGAUUGUGAACGGUUAUACGUCCAGCUCAUUUUUCGACAACAAUUGGCUAUUGAAGCAGUGAUUUUAUUUAAAAAAAAAAAAAAACAAACAGAGUAUAUACUUCAUCAAAAAUGUGUGGAAUAUUUGCAUAUUUGAAUUACUUGACACCGAAAACUCGGAAAGAGAUUUUGGAUUUAUUGGUAACCGGUUUGAAACGUUUGGAGUAUCGUGGUUACGAUUCGGCCGGUGUUGCUAUUGAUUCAAACGAUGGCGAAAAUAUGGUAUUAUUUAAACGAUCUGGAAAAGUGUUUGUACUCGAAGAAGCAAUCAAACAAGCAUGUGAAGAGGGUAAAACAAAAGCCGAUUUUGAAUUAUAUACUCAUGUUGGUAUUGCGCACACAAGAUGGGCAACGCACGGUGUACCGAGUGAAGUGAAUUCGCAUCCACAACGAUCAGACGCCGAUCAUUCAUUUGUUGUUGUUCACAAUGGCAUUAUCACCAAUUACAAAGAUGUAAAAAACUAUUUGGAAUCAAAAGGUCACACAUUUGAAUCAGACACAGACACGGAAAUUAUCGCAAAGCUCAUCUACCAUUUGUAUCGUGAACAUCCAAACUAUUCGUUCCGUGAGUUGGUCGAACAAGUUAUUCAACAGCUGGAAGGUGCAUUCGCUUUGGCAUUCAAGUCAAAACAUUUUCCCGGUGAAUGUGUAACAACGCGACGUGGAUCGCCACUUUUGGUUGGAAUUAAAACAAAGACACGUUUGGCUACCGAUCACAUUCCCAUUUUGUACGGUAAAGAUGAUAAUAUCGCUAGCAACCACCAAGAACAUCGUCCGCGGAACAAUAGUAUUCCCGACAUUCCGAUUUUGCCACGCACUGAUAGCACAUCUGAAUUUAUGCCAGUCGACGACAAGGAAGUUGAGUAUUUCUUUGCAUCCGAUGCAUCAGCCGUUAUUGAGCACACAAACCGAGUUAUCUACUUGGAGGAUGAUGAUGUUGCAGCUGUUAAAGAUGGUCUAUUGAGUAUUCAUCGUUUGCGUAAAACGCACGAUGAUCCACAUGCACGUGAAAUAACCACAUUGAAAAUGGAAAUUCAACAAAUAAUGAAAGGAAACUAUGAAUAUUUCAUGCAAAAGGAGAUUUUCGAGCAGCCAGAGUCUGUGAUCAAUACGAUGCGUGGUCGUGUCAUUUUCAAACAAGAGAAAGUUGUUUUGGGUGGCAUCAAAGACUACAUUCCAGAAAUCAAACGUUGUCGUCGUUUGAUGUUGAUCGCCUGUGGAACAUCAUAUCACAGUGCGGUGGCCACACGUCAGUUACUUGAAGAGCUCACCGAAUUGCCAGUCAUGGUUGAAUUGGCCUCCGAUUUCUUGGAUCGUGGCACACCAAUUUUCCGUGAUGAUGUUUGCUUCUUUAUUUCACAAUCGGGUGAAACGGCCGACACACUGAUGGCAUUGCGUUAUUGCAAAGGUCGCGGUGCAUUGAUUGUUGGUGUUACAAAUACGGUUGGCAGUUCGAUUUGCCGUGAAUCACAUUGCGGUGUUCACAUUAAUGCUGGCCCAGAGAUUGGUGUCGCAUCGACAAAAGCAUAUACAUCACAAUUCAUUUCGUUAGUCAUGUUCGGUUUGGUUAUGAGCGAAGAUCGAAUUUCAUUGCAACAACGACGCUUGGAAAUUAUUCGCGGCCUCGCUCAAUUAGAAAAUCAAAUUCGCAAAGUAUUAGAAUUGGAUUCAAAAGUUUAUGAAUUGGCCAAAGAGCUUCAUACAUACAAAUCGCUCUUGAUUAUGGGCCGGGGUUUCAAUUUUGCCACAUGCUUGGAAGGUGCAUUGAAAGUCAAAGAAUUGACAUAUAUGCACAGUGAAGGUAUUAUGGCUGGAGAAUUAAAACAUGGACCACUGGCAUUAGUCGAUGAACAAAUGCCAGUACUUAUGAUUGUACUUCGCGAUCCAGUUUACAAGAAAUGCAUGAACGCAUUACUUCAGGUCAAAGCUCGUAAUUGUAAUCCAAUUUUGAUUUGCGAAGAAGGCGAUUCAGAGACUAUAAGUCAUGCAGACAAAACUCUUGAGAUACCACAAACAGUUGACUGUCUUCAGGGUAUUUUAACCGUCAUUCCAAUGCAAUUGUUGGCCUAUCACAUUGCAGUGUUACGUGGCUGCAACGUUGACUGUCCCCGUAAUCUCGCCAAAUCCGUGACAGUCGAGUAGAACAAGCACAAAUUAAAUCGAACCUUUUGUUCCUUCUAAAAAGAACGUCUAUUUUAAUACAUCCAUCUCUACUGUCUAUUUUAAUCGAAAACAAUGUAAUUGUAGACAUUUGAAAAAUGUCAAAUAUUUAAGAAUCUAAGCACGUUUUUACUGUUCAUUUAUCAUUUUUGUUAUUGCUUUUUUUUAUUGCAUGUGUAUAACGAGAUUUGAAUUCUAAAUUCACGUUUUGUGUAUAUUUUGACCAUAUAUCACAUUCG